CAACAAGACAAGAAACAGAUGGUGGGUGAUACAGCAAAGUCUGUGAAGCCUUUUUGCAUUGUCUAAAUUUGUUAAAAGUUACGUUGGACACGAUGAAAAAUGUGUUUUUCUUCAUGUGUCUUCUGCUAUCUCUGUCUUCUGCUGUUGUUCAGUCGUGUUCGAGCCAUUGCACCUGUGCUGGAGAUCUAGCCAACUGUAAGUUUGUGUCUUCACUACAGGAGGUUUUGACAGAUUUGCCCAGGACCGUCACCGUGAUACUGCUUCAGGGAGGAUCGCUCGCAACGAUUAAACCCAGAAUGUUCCAGAAUUUCUCCAAACUGUGGUACCUGUCGAUCACUGAUUUCAAACUGUCGCCGUUUAACCACGUGUUUACCAGGUCACCGAAUGCACAGAGCAGCCUUGAUCUGCUUGACCUUUCCAGCAACAAACUGGAGAGCUGCAGUGUUGAAAGCUUGGCAUUUGCAGGUCUUCACAAUCUGACUGAAUUGAAACUGAACAACAAUUCACUUGAUACUCUGAAACGCCUGUGGUUUUCAGGCCUGACCUUAUUGAAGAAGCUGCAUAUUCAGUUCAAUAAAAUCUCCUAUCUUCCUCCACGCACAUUUGAGGCACUGAUCCAACUGUAUCACCUCAAUGCAUCCUCAAAUCUUAUCCAGUAUAUAUCCACAGGUACAUUCCAUGGACUGGGCUCCCUCACUGACUUGGACCUAUCCAACAAUCAGCUGCUUUUCAUUGACAGCAAUGCUUUUGGACCUGUGAAGAGAUUAAACCUUCUGUAUCUGAAUGAUAACCAGCUUGAGUUGUUAGCCAAGGUCCCUGGGUCUACUCAGAAGCUACGCCUGUACAGUAACCAUUGGGAGUGCCACUGUCAGCUGGUGCUAUUCUUGGAAACAUGUAACAAGGCAAUAGAGGAUCGAGGGAAUCUGUUCUGCCAAAGCCCAGAGGAUGUGGAGGGAAAACCUAUCCUGAAUUUCGGUUUUAGCUACUGUUCAUCCACAACUCUGCUCCCUCUGACAACUCCGCUCCGUUCAACAACUCCAGCCUUGCAAAUCAUUCCAACUAUCAGCGUUCUCGCUAUAAUUUAUGGAUUUUUAGGGGGAUUUUUACUGGCAGUAGCUAUCAGUCUGAUUACCCGUUGGAAAUACAGGACCGGGGGGAUACCGAGGAGCUUCAUGGUACGAAACAGAAAGCAGGGAGGGAACAAAGGGAUGGAGUUAGAUACCAAUAAAUUGGAGACUGUCUCUACAAUUGCUUCACAUUUGGCUGUUCAUGAACUACAGAACAUUGAGGAUAAUCAAGAAGAACAAAGGCAGGGAUAUAUACACAUGUCCACAGAAUUACAGAGAAACGUGGAUAGAGAGAAUAUUAACAGCAAGGUAAUGCAACCUUAUAAGUCAGUGCCCAGUUCCCAUCUAGCUGCUGAUAUUUCACAUCUGCAGAAUAAGGGAAUUGACAGUACUACUGGCAAAAAUAUCCGACAUGGAAAAGCAGUAAGCCGUGGAGACGCAGAAAAAGUGGUGGGGAAACUCUGCAUGAUAGCACAAACAGAUUUGUCAAAUAAUUCCUACUUUAGACUAUGUGUGAGCAAUCAGGACAAAGGACAGCAUCAAGAUCAGGAGGUAUUUUUGUCUGAGACACUGCGGACAGGCGCCAGAAAUUUUGCAGGGAACUUGAGGAACAUCAACAGUGAAGCUCAUGAUCCCGAGACUGAAGGUGAAGACUCUCCCAAUGUGAGUGACCUUCCUGUCCUCUGCAAUGAAGCUAUAAGCUCCCAGCUGGAAUUCAAAACUGGGGAUCAGGAGAAAAUUGAGAUGAUGGAAUUACAGGACAUCCAGACAGAGAACUUGGAGAAAAAUGAAGCCAUAGCAUUGUACAGGGAGGAGAAUGAGAUAUUGGAGGAUGCAUCCCCUCCAGGAAAAGUAAUUGAAUUGAAUGAAACUUCUGUGAAUGACUGCACCAGUGAAAUGAAUAGAAAAAUACUGUUGCAUGCAACUAAUCCCAUUGGCUCCAAAGUAAGAACACGUAGAGUAACAAUUGACGAAUACUCGAGAAUAGCAGCGAUUUCUAUGGGAGGGAAAAUAUUGAGUUCAGCUUUAUUCAAUGGAGAUGGAGAUGCUCAAUUGCCAGAUGUAGAAGACAUUGACAAAUUUGCUCACAGUAAAUGCAAGAAACCAGAGAACAUUCCUCCUGUCAUACAAAAAUUUGUAGCAGGUAUUUCCGAACAUGUGCACACUGGAACUUCCACUAGCAAAAAUGUUGCUUUAGUGGACAAAGCCCAGACGUCAGAUAGAGAUCAAGUAGUGUUGGGUGGAGCUGUCACGAAAGAAACUGUACAGUCGCCUGAGAGUUCUGUGGCACCUGCAGAUGGUACAAUUGCAAGCGGCACGGUGACAGAAGAUGAAGUGAGCUCAGUUGGAUCAGUCAGUACAUCCUUUGGCUGGCCGUACACUUGGAGUGCGCAAAGUCCAGAGCAUUGGAGCCAAAGUAGCACUACACUUGAGUCUACUCUCGGCUCAAAUCACAGCAAGGCAAACCUUUCUCCCAACGUUACGUCAAAGGACGAUGAACCUGAGCAAUGGGAGUCCAGCAUAGCAGCCAGGGAGAAUAACCUGGAUUGGGAAGAUGAUCGAUCUGAGGCAAUACCCUUCCAAAGUGUCACCCGUAGGAAUAGUGCACCAAUAAACAGGGAACCAGAGUUGGAAUGGGAAAGACAUUUUCAAUCUGCAGCUAUAGCAUACUCGGAAAAAGUUGUCUGA